AUGAUGUUCCUGCCGGCCUGGCAGGCGCCGUCGAUGCUUGUGACGCCCAUGGACGUGGUGUCGCCGUCGACCACAUCGGACGACUCGCAGCGCAAGAAGGACGACGCGCGCCUCCGCAAGCAAAAGUACAACCGCGACCGGCUGCGCCAAAAACGCACCGAGUAUAUGGCCGAGUUCCAAGCGCUCGAGGCCCAGAUUCGGCAACUCGUCGACCUGCGCGACGAAGCGCAGCGAGAGAAGCAGAUUGGCGUCUUGCCCUGGGUCGAAGUCGCGGCUGCGCUCAAGGCCGACAGUAGUCUCUCGCAGAUGCAGAACCGCGAGUUGCUCAAGCAGGUGCGGGCCGCAGAAGCGCUCUGCAAGUCGCUGCGCAGUUGGGUCGCGUCGCGCAUCGUCCACGCGACGCUCAACCCCGAGCACACGUCAUGGCGCGAGUCCAUGAUCCCAGAGGACGACGCGAGCCGGAAGCUCGGUCUCGACUGGAUCUCCAAGCGGUUGUACCACAAUUUGAACGGGGCCAUUGAAGCCAGUGGGCUUCCUGGUCCGAUCGACGCGACCGCGUACUAUCGCAUCGACGUCGAGCGCCACGCCGACACGUACCGCCUCUCCGAGUUCAAGCAGCGCGUCGAGCGGGUCCGGUUUGAUAUCGCCACGCGCACGCUCAGCGCCCAGUACUUUGAGAUUUUCGAUGGCGACGAGGAAGAGCGCCAGAACGACGACAUGACGUACAUCCGCUAUCCCUCGUUGUAUGGGCGCACCAACAACGUGCCGUACACGGAAAAGAUGCUCGUGCGGCAGUUCAAGGAGCAGCAUCGAUUUGUUAUAUUUACGCACGGCGUGCCCGACGACGCCAAAUUCCAAGACCCCAUCCGGUGCGACUGGUCGGCGUGGGUCGUCGUCACAGAGCUUGGCGCGAACGAAUGUCUCUUGCAAUUCGGCUACACGGCGUACGGACUACGAGGCGACGACGGGUACUUGCCGCUCGAGGUCGAGAUGCCGGCGCUCGCCGCCUUUUCCGACGACGACGACACACGCUUUGCGCGCUUCCGUCACAAGCAGCGCGACGACCGGCUACGGCGGCAAAUGGAGGACGUGGCGGCGUUCCAAGAGCGCUGUCGUCAGACGGAAGCCGCCGGCACCGACGCUCCACCGAUCGCAUGGACGAGCUCGCCCGAAGAGCGCAAGGAGCGCGCGCGGAUCAAGAAGCAAGACUACAACCGCGAGCGGCUGCGACAGAAGCGCUGCGAGCACCUCACGGCCCUCACGGCGCUCACCGCCGAGUUCAAGACGCUCUCGGCCACACUGGCCCGCGCUCGCGCGACAACGUCGACUUCGCUGCUGCCAUGGGCCGCCGUGGCGCAAGCGCUCCGUGACGAGCGCGAUCUCAAGGAAGCCACGAACGCAGCGCUCAAGCAAGGCGUGCGGCGCUACAAGCUCCUUUGCCGCACGAUGCUCCACUGGCUCUCGAGCGCGGAGACCAUUCGCGCGUAUCCUGCGUCCGAGAAGCGCGCAUGGAGCUACAGUACACUUCCUUUGGACAGCGAUGCGCGCGCACUCGGCCUCGACUGGAUCGCACACCGCCUGUACCAUAACCUCGACGGGUACCUCGAACGAAGCGAGCUGCCGACGCCGACAACGGGCGACCGUCCGUACUACCGCCUAAACGUCCGGGCGCACGAGAAUUCGUAUUCGUUGACCGAGUUCAAACAGUUUGUCGAGUCGGCGCCGCUUCCUGUCGUCGCCCAGUGUCUUUAUGACCACUACUUUGAAACUUACGACGGCGACUACGUCGACAUGCGCAGGCCCGACCUCUCGUACGUGCGCUACGUCUGCCUGUACGGCCUUGAGCUGCAGCGGUCGUUUCCAGAGCGCAUGCUCACGCGGGUCUUUCGAGAAGAGAAUCGAUGUAUCGUCUUUACCCACGGCGUCUCAGACGACGCCAAGUACUAUGACGACCCAAUCAAGUCGCACUGGACAGCGUGGGUCGUCGCCGAGCGCAUGGACGCAACCACGACCGUCAUCAAGCACGGCUUUGAGUCGUUUGGUCUCGAGACAAAAGCCGGCUUUCUCGACGUAGCCGACGAAGUGCCGUUUUUGCGCGACGUAGCCAGCGACGACGCGGCGCGGUUCAUACAGUUUCAGCUCUACCAGCGCGACUACCGCGGCCGGCGGUUCGUCGACGAGUCCAACCGGUUUGCCAAGCGUCUCGCCAAGUGUCGAGGCAACGGUUAA